UUUGUGAAAGAAAGAGGUGAGAAAUGGAAAUAAACCAUUUCCUUUUCUCUCAUUUUGUUUCUCUAAAAAAAGCAGAGAAUUGGAUUUCUAGGGUUUCAUUUCUCAGCCUCACUCUCUCAUCACGUUCCAUUUCAUCACAGCCCUCCUUCUCGUUCCACCACCACCGCCCUCCCUACCGUCCCUCUCCCUCCCUCUCGGCCACCACCACCGCCCUCCCUUCUCUGCUCCGACGAUUUUUGGGAGAAUUUCAAGCAUUUUCCCCAAACUGCUCGAUCUUUGCUCGGAACCCUAAUCGCCCCAUCGUUCGUUUUUUGGGAGAAUUUCAAGCAUUUUCAGAUGGCAAGAUCACCUUCCAGACAAAGAAUAGUUGCCAUAGGUGCAUUUUAUGUCAGUUAUGUUACGAUUCGUUGGUGGAUGUUGUGUACUUAUCAUUUGCGUCGGUCGAUUGAGUCAAUGAGUUUACGUACAAAAUAUUUAAUGAGUUAUCAUAAUAGGCGUGAAAACCUGGUGAGGAUGGUUUAUCAAAGUGAUGUUACGAGUGUUGUUAACAUAAGAAUGAAUAUACAUGCAUUUACAACACUUUGUGAUAUGCUAGAAACUAGAGGGGGACUAAAGGAUAGUAAAAACAUGCUAGUGGAUGAGCAAGUUGCUAUGUUUUUACAUACCCUUGCUCAUAAUGCAAAGAAUAGGAUACUAGUCAACAGAUUUAAUCGGUCCGGGGAAACUGUAAGUCGGUAUUUCAAGUUAGUCUUAAAUGCUAUAUGUCGAUUAC